UGGGUGGCUGCAGGCGCACCGGACACUUUCAUUGAUCUCACCGACCCCGACAUCCUCAAGACAUGGCCCCCCGAAACACCCAGAAGAAAAAGACCGGCGGCAAGACUCGCUCCGCCCUCCAGGAUGUCGUGACCCGGGAGUACACCAUCCACCUGCACAAGCGCGUCUUCGGCAUGGGCUUCAAAAAGCGGGCGCCGCGCGCCGUCAAGUCCGUUAUUGAGUUCGCGCAAAAGACGAUGGGCACGUCCGACGUCCGCAUCGACCCCAAGCUCAACCAGGCGCUGUGGGAGCAGGGGAUUAAGAACGUGCCGCAUCGGAUCCGGGUGAAGCUCGAGCGGAAACGGAAUGACGACGAGAACGCGAAGGAGAAGCUUUACACAUACGCCAGCCAUGUCCCAGUAGCAUCAUUCAAGGGCCUUCAAACGGUGGUCGUCGAGUAAAUGUGGGAGGGGUAGUUCGUUGGGGUCUCCGUCGCUUUGCUUUUACCUACAUAUUCCAUGCCAUAGUAUGCACGCCUACAUGAGUUUUCACCUGUAUCAGCUACACCUAUGAUAUGCAGAGUGCAUACAACACC